UGCAGUUACACCGGCCACCCACCUUCUACAAGGAGACUGAUCCGCAGCCACAGCGUCCCUCGUUUUGGAUAAAGACGGAUGAUUUCACCGCCGGCCAAGCUCUUAUGUGCCGGAGGCACUAUCUUGAAUUUCCUUCAGCAGCCCUCGACAGAAACUACAUCAAGCUUCUGAGCAGCGUCCGCCGGUUGCUUGAGUUGAGCCAGAGCAGCUUUCCGAGUAGCACAGAAACGACAUUCUGUACGUUGCAACAAUCUGGAUUCGAGAAUUCACAAAUGACUCAAGAAUCCAACAACCUCUCUCAGUUGGAAGCCCUUCCACAUCCACGCCCUGCAGCUGCAGCCGAUUCAGCCCUCCAUCUUAGAGACCAUUUAAACUCACCCCAUGUUGGAGUUGCAGGGGCCCCCACCCUGCAAUCUACUGCAAUCAUGAGGAAUACACAACGGCAUUUUGUCUUUCAUCAAGAUCCAAUCGGUUGGUAUCACCUGAGGCUUCCACCUGCAAUUAACAGCACUUUCACAUCACUGAUAGGUUCGUCGAGUGCAAUAGGUUCUGCAAUCAAUGACGAUGCAAUGGGUGUCCAACAGGAACAUGAUGGAUAUGCUAAUAAUAGAGGGAAAUUCAUCGGUCCCUCGGAGCAGAAUGAGACUUUCACAUCACCGAUAGGUUCGUCGAGUGCAGUUGGUUCUGCAAGCAAUGACGAUGCAAUGGGUGUCCAACAGGAACAUGAUGGAUAUGCCAACAAUAGAGGGAAAUUCAUCAGUCCCUCGGAGCCGAAUGAGACUCUCACAUCACCGACAGGUUCGUCGAGUGCCGGAGCUUCGGGAAGCAAUGGUGAUGCAAUGGAUGAGACAGAAACAAGAUGGAUGCUAACAGUAACAGGCAAUUCAACUUUUGGUCCCCCUGUGUCUCAGGGACAGACUUAUGAGCAACUCGCUUCAUUGAUGCGCCAUCAAAGCUUAUGAGCAAAAACCACACAAUGGAUCACCUCGGGAAUGAAGUUCUGUGUCAAAUCCUGAUUCAAGAGUCAAGCAAAUGAAAACUUGGGUUGAGCUGAGGAAUAUGUCAGUAGGGCAGUCACAGUUUUGCAUAUUAGGAUUAGGAUGAGCUUAAGAUGUUGGUGGCUUAUCUUUUCUUUUCUGUUCUUUCCUUUCCAUUGUUACACAUUUUUGUUUCUGGCCGAUGAUUGUAGCCAAAAAGUACAGUGCUCAUCUUUCUUUUCCAAUUUUUGAAUGUAUCAGCAACAAAACAAGGAAAAACAAAAUCAGGAUGAGAGCUUUGU